CAUCACAAUAUUCAGUACAUGUUCAUCAACAUCCGUGGCUGUUGGGUUGCACAGGCUACAGUUGACUGUACAUAUAUCCCGUUAUGCCCUUUGCUACGCCUCGAGUGUCUUACUGGCUCUUGGAUCACCGCCAGCGUGAGCUUCGUUCUUGAGGCUUACAAUUUCUGCAGCAAUUGAUGUUCCAACCGACAACUAUCAUCUCUUGUUACCUCGUAUAACAAUACUAUGUCUAGUGGCGUUCCGAAGCACAGCAUGGGCACGUCUAAUGUCCGCAGCAACAUGCUGGGAGGCCUGCGGCUUCGCAACCCGGAGACCAAUACAAUGAUACUAAUCCCAACCCCAACGGAUGACCCCAAUGAUCCUCUGAACUGGUCGAAGCCAUAUCGUAUUUAUAUUGCUAUACUCGUCUCCUGCGCCAUCUUUUUCAGUAACUUCUUGGCUGCUGGACCCUCAGUCGCCAUCAUCAGUACCACCGAGUCCUUCUUUGGUCCAGCUGGUUCCGAUUUCGAUGAAAACCUCUCCAGGAUUGCCUACUUCUUCACCACCACGGCGCUUCUGCAGGGAAUGGGGAACCUGAUAUGGAUGCCUUUCGUGGCAAAGUACGGUCGUCGACCUAUCUAUGUCGCGUCUUUCAUCCUCUACACCGCGUUUGCUGCUUGGGCUGGUGGUGCGACUACAUACGGCUCAGCCUUGGCUGCACGAAUCCUUAUGGGCUUUGCGUCUGGCGUCGCUGAAUGCUUGGCCCCCUUGACCAUCUCGGACUUGUUCUUCUUGCACGAGAGAGGUGCUGUUAUGGCUAUAUAUACCACAGCACUGUCCGCUGGUGUAGGCGCUGGAAUCAUCAUUGCUGGACUCAUCACUAUUAACCUGAGCUGGCGGUAUAUCUACUGGAUAGCGGUGGCUUUGGUCGGAGCGUGCACCAUUCUGAUCAUCUUUACGUUCCCUGAAACUGUCUUUCACCGCCAGGAAAUCUCAUCAGCAUCACAUGCCGAUCUUGGUCCCAACACCGCUCAUACCCGGCAUUGUAAGCUUGAGGACAUGGAUACCGACAAUGCUCAGUCUGACGACAUCUCACCAUCCGGAUUACGACUGUCCUAUUCUGCAUCCCCAAAGCGUACUUAUUUGCAAGGUUUAUCCAUGUACAGUGGUAUACACACAAAAGAGUCCUUCUUCAAGCUAUUCUUCCGUCCAAUUGUUCUUCUCGCCCUUCCUCCAGUCCUCUGGGCCACUCUCGUCAUGUCCGUCACGAUUGGCUUCCUCGUUGCCAUUAGCUCCAACUUCGCUGUUGCUUUUGACGCUACUUAUGGAUUCGAGCCGUGGCAAGCUGGCUUAUGCUUCGUUGCCUGCCUCGUAGGAGCCGGUAUUGGAGCCUUCUUUGGAGGACAUUUCAGUGACAUGGUGGCUGAUAAGCUGACGCGCACCAACGGUGGCAUUCGAGAACCGGAGAUGCGGCUGCCGGCUAUCACCAUCUCGUUUGUUAUUGCGCCAGUUUCUCUGGUUCUAUAUGGAGUAGGCAUCGAUCGCAGCUGGCACUGGAUUGUCCCUACUAUAGGCCUCGGUCUCUUAAACCUGGCAAUCGUUCAAGCUACUAAUAUAAGCUUGGUCUACACGAUUGAUAGUUACCGUCCUGUUGCAGGAGAGCUGGCAGUCACGCAGUUAGCUUUUAAAUCGGCAUUCGGAUUCCUUCUCUCUUUCUACACUAACCCUUGGAUUGAUGAGAGUGGUUAUGACAACGCCUUUAGUGCCAUGGCUGGGAUUUCAGGAGUGGUUAUUAUGUGCUGGGUACCUCUAUAUAUUUGGGGCGGGAGAAUUCGGCAUGCUACCUGGAGAUGGGGUUUCAUCCAGAGCCACGUCCACUGGAACGCAGAUCGUCAGGUGGGCGAGUAGAUGCAGUCCACGAAACAUUCUUGUUAUUAAAAAUAGGCAGGAAAUAAAACGCCAGUAUCCUGUAAACCUCAUAACUCAGCAGUACUAAUUAUAAGAUUGCAUAAGCCGCAACCAAGACACUUAACAUUCCACGGCCGAUCGAUAGGUGACUGCCAGAGUUUCCCUUGUCUGGCGAGAC